AUGAUCGCAGAGGGCCUGAGCGGCGCCCUGGGGCUCCUCCUCUACCUCAACACCCUCAGCGCCGAUUUCUGCUACGAUGACAGCCGUGCCAUCAAGACAAAUCAGGAUCUCCUCCCUGAAACACCCUGGACCCACAUUUUCUACAAUGAUUUCUGGGGGACCCUUCUGACACACAGUGGCAGUCACAAGUCCUACCGGCCUCUCUGCACUCUGUCUUUUCGCUUUAACCAUGCCGUUGGAGGUCUCGAUCCCUGGAGCUACCAUCUCGUAAAUGUCCUGUUACACGCUGCGGUUACGAGCCUCUUUACGAGUUUCUCCAGGAUACUGCUGGGGGAUGGAUCUUGGACCCUGCUCGUUGGGUUACUCUUUGCUUCUCACCCAAUCCACACCGAGGCAGUAGCCGGCGUCGUGGGAAGGGCCGACGUCGGGGCCUCUCUCUUCUUCCUGCUCUCCUUGCUGUGCUACGUUAAACACUGCUCCACGAGAGGCUGUUCCCUCCAGACGUGGGGUUGGUUUUUGGGGGCAGGACUGUGUGCCGGCUCCAGUAUGUUGUGGAAGGAACAAGGAGUGACCGUUCUUGCAGUCUCGGCAGUGUACGAUGUAUUUGUUUUUCACAAGCUCAGAAUGCACCAGAUCGUACCUUCUAUUUACAAAAGGCAGAAUGGGUCCCUUUUCCUCAGCGUUGGCCUCUUGGCCCUUUGGGGAGCCACGCUGUUGGGUGCUCGAUUAUAUUGGAUGGGCAACAAGCCGCCAAGCUUCUCCAACUCGGACAACCCCGCCGCUGACUCCGACAGUGCCCUCGUGCGCACCCUCACCUUCCUUUACCUGCCAACCAAGAACCUGUGGCUGUUGUUGUGCCCGGACACCCUCAGCUUUGACUGGUCCAUGGAUGCCGUGCCUCUUCUCAAGACGGUGGGUGACUGGAGGAACCUACACACUGUGGCCUUCUAUACCGGACUCCUCUCUCUCACCUACUUCAGUUUGAAGCGUCUGAGCCCAGGGAAAGAAUGCAACGGGAAAGCCAUAUCAAACGGCAGACAGAACACCAAUGGGCACAGCUGCCACUCAGAUGGGGAUUACAGGAACUCGGAGAUGAAGCUCAGCUUUUUCACAUCAAAAGUAGAAAACGGCAUCAAGAGUCACGCCACCCAGAAACCGCAACUUCCUUCAACGGAGAAUGUUGUCAUUCUGGCUCUAACUAUGUUAAUAGUGCCCUUUAUGCCUGCCACGAACCUGUUUUUCUAUGUAGGCUUUGUAAUAGCAGAGCGUGUGCUAUAUAUUCCCAGUAUGGGUUUCUGUCUUCUGAUUACAGUGGGGGCCAGAUCCCUUUAUGUCAAAGUCCAAAAGCGAUUUCACAAGGACUUGAUUUUCUACGCCAUGGCCACGUUAAUCGUUUUCUACGGACUGAAGACUGCUGUCAGGAAUGGGGACUGGCAAAAUGAGGAGAUGCUCUAUAGGUCUGGAAUAAAAGUCAACCCAGCCAAAGCAUGGGGUAACCUUGGAAAUGUUCUCAAGAGCCAGAGCAAGAUUUCUGAAGCUGAAAGCGCCUAUAGAAACGCUUUGUUCUACCGCAGCAACAUGGCCGAUAUGCUCUAUAAUUUAGGAUUACUUCUACAAGAGAACAGCAGAUUUUCAGAAGCUCUACAUUACUAUAAACUGGCAAUUGGUAGCAGGCCUACAUUAGCUUCUGCAUAUUUAAAUACCGGCAUUAUCCUAAUGAAUCAAGGGAAGACUGAGGAAGCUCGUCGGACAUUCUUGAAAUGCUCAGAUAUCCCCGAUGAAAACUUGAAGGAUCCUCAUGCCCACAAGAGCUCCGUAACCAGCUGCCUUUAUAAUUUAGGAAAGCUUUAUCACGAGCAAGGACAUUAUGAGGAUGCACUUGGGGUAUAUAAGGAGGCAAUUCAGAAAAUGCCAAGGCAAUUUGCACCACAGAGCUUGUACAACAUGAUGGGUGAAGCCUACAUGCGUCUGAACAAACUGCCUGAAGCUGAACAUUGGUAUGUUGAAUCUCUGCGAUCAAAGACUGACCAUAUUCCAGCACAUCUCACAUACGGCAAGCUCCUAGCUCUGACAGGACGCAAGGCUGAGGCUGAAAGGUUUUUCUUGAAGGCUAUUCAGCUGGAUCCAACCAAGGGAAACUGUUACAUGCAUUACGGCCAAUUUCUUCUCGAAGAAACUCGCCUGAUAGAAGCAGCAGAGAUGGCAGAGAAAGCAGCUGAGCUGGACAGCACUGAGUUUGACGUGGUCUUCAAUGCGGCUCACAUGCUCAGACAAGCCAGCCUCAAUGAAGCAGCUGAGAAAUAUUACGACCAGGCAGCCAGACUGAGACCCAAUUAUCCAGCUGCCCUGAUGAACCUCGGAGCCAUUCUUCACCUCAACGGGAAGCUCCGAGAGGCCGAAACAAACUAUCUUCAAGCCCUCCAACUUAAACCCGAUGAUGUCAUCACACAGUCCAAUCUCCGCAAACUCUGGAAUAUUAUGGAGAAGCAAGGGUUAAAGACAUCCAAAACAUGACCCCCGAGGCUGGAAGCUUCUUUCCUUUUUUUUUUUCUAAAUUUCAGCCGACUUAAAUAAAAAACAGAACUUCCAGGAAGCGAUGCGUUGAGAGAACCCCGGGGAUGUGGUAGUCUGAGCUGGGGACCGUCUCGACUUCGGAGAGGGAAUGAACUCCACAAUUGGGCUCCCCAAUUUUGCCAAAAAGGAAACUUUGGAAACCUCACGAAGGAUUUAAUUAAAAACCCACAAAAAAUGCAACCCCAGCUCAAAAAGCAGGUUGCUAUGACCUUCUUGAUAAGGGAUCAGUCACUUAAAUUUACUCAUUAUUGUGCAGGUCCUUGAAAAUCAUGUUUUACCUAAAGCACUGUGAGAGGAUUUGUAGCAUGGAUCCAGCCCUGUGAAAAGAUAAAACCGUAGCCUAAACUGAUCCAAAGACUGUAGUGAUGUUAAAUGGGCACAAAAUCCCAUUUUUAUAUGCAGUUGGUCUUAAUGCUGCCGAAUCUACUGGUGUGCACAGCAUGCCCAUUGAUUUCACAAAUUUACAAACCUAGUUUGUGAAGAUAAGUCAGUUGGGCUUAAAAUACGGCAUCCGCAGUGGUUAGUGACAAACGCGGGUCAUUGUUUCCUUGUUUCGAGGUCAGUGACUUUUGAAAGGUGUUGGCUUCGCUGUCUGAGAAAUCAACAGCCAAGCCUAGUUCACCCUGUUGUACAAAGGAGCCUCAAAGGCAUCAUGCAUUGUUUGUGAGACAUUUGUCCCUUUAAACAUUUAACCAAAUCGUUUCUAACCUGAUUUUCAUUUUGAAACCUUAAAACACUGUGUUGGAUUCCCAUCAAAGUCCUGUCAAAGGUGAGUCGGUUUAACCUGAGCUCCUUAGAAAUGCUUAUUGGCUUGGACUCAACAAAAAUACAACUGGAAGGAAAUUUGUAAAUAAUCACUUGUGCAAACGUUUGCAAAUGGAACUAAUAACCAGCAUCUAUUCAGAAGAGGAAAGAUGUUUUGUACUUCCCAGAAGGAACUGCCUUAUUCGAAAGUGAAGAGACCAAGUGGUAUGGGUAAUAUUGGUGGUCAGUUAAUGUAGGGAAUAGAGUGUAAACCUUCUCGGAGUGCUUAAAAUGCACCAAAGCAGCAGUGCUGUUAAAUUUCUAAGGGAUUCUUUACAUUUUAGAUUUAUUUACUCUUAUUUAAUUGUUUGACUUUUCUAAGAAAACUUCAUAAUUUAUUUCAAGCUGCAAGUAUUAUGGUGUUAGCCUGCAUUUUCUAGGUGAUCUGCUAAUUUUUUCCUACUUAAAAAAAAUUUAAUUUUCAAAAUAAAAAUCUGCUAUGUUACUUACCUAUCUAAUGGCCUCCACUUUCAGUGGUCAUUUCACGGGAAAAGGAUAUAUGUAAUGGAGAACAUUUUCAGACAUUUCCUUAAGAUGCAUUCAAACUUUGUACUAAAAAGCUUUCCUGUAGAAUACCAGACUACCCCUAAAUACGUGUUGAAAAAACUACAAUGCUGUAUGUAUUUAUUUAUUUAUUAUUCAACAGUAGCAAAACAACAACAAUCAUUAAGCCAGUAUUUUACAGUUUAUACUACUUUUUUUAUGUCUUUCACAUUUUCUUUUUAUUUGGCUACUUUAUGUGCUGGAAAGAAAAUAGGAUGUCUCCAGAAAUAGCUGUACAGUCUCUGAAGAAAAAGGCUUUUGAUCUUUAUGGAAACUCUUUGGGAGAAAUGAUUUUUAAAUAGCUUUCAUAACGUGUGGCAUUGACUUUUCUUUCUUUGUUAAUAAUGCCAAGUUUAACGAGUGACUUUGGGGAUGGGAUUAUUCAAAGGGCCUAUUCAUGGAAUAUUUCUACAUUAUUUUAAUGAGCGAUUUGAUUAAUGUUCACAUCACCCAGGCCCAGUACUUUUGUAGUCACUUGUUAGCCCGUGGUAAAAGCAUAAGUGAUGGGAUGAAAUAUAUUCUUCCCUUUUUCUCGGAAAUUUACAGAAUGAGUUAAUUUAAGGCUCUGGAUGCAAUCGACUAACUGUGGUAUCACGCAGCUUUAUUUAUUUAAGUAGGUAUUGAACUUCAGUGGCUUCCUGGUUAUAACCUUUCACUGUCUGUUUCUUCCCUUCCUUUCAAAACGUCGGUUCUUGUUCAGAAAGUUCCACUGAUUGCAUAUCAGUUGCUCCACACUGACACAGUUUUCAAGCAGCUGUGCUAUGUAGGUCUGGGUCUAAAGAUGAAUGAAAAUCUAACAAGAUUGUCCCUGACACAUUCUAGUGCAGGGCUGGGCUUGAUAACUAACUUUUUGGGGAAAAAAAAACAGUUGAAAACUCGGUCAAAAAUAUGUGUCUCUGCUCAGGGAUUUAUGGUGGACUAUUGUAGACAGUGCUAAAAAGAGCACAAGGCAAGUUUACUAAAUUAAAAUUUUAUUUUUUGAGAAACUGUUAUUUGUAUAAAUUAUCAAGAUUUGUAGACUUUCCUUUUGUAGAGAUAAUUGUUUUAUGUGCCAGAGAAGAGAACUUCAAUUUUGUUUUCAACAAUAAAGCCUUGAUAACAAAUACA